UCGUCAUCAUGGUCCUAGAGCCGUCCCCCAUCCUGCAGCCAGUCAACAGCAACCACCGUGUCUGACAGUAAAUGCAGUCGUGUACCGAGACGUUUUUCCAAGCAUUAUCGACCAACUAUUAAUGCCCUGAUCAAGAUAUAAAAAUGGCCUCUCCUCAGCCUGGCAGCCCUCCUCUUGCAGAGCAAUAUACCCCUCCUGCACAGGAUGAUGAGAGCCAUCAAGAGGAAGGGCUGGAGAGGGAGCAGCCUUCAAAAAAACGCGGCAGAGGCAGGCCUCCCAAAGCCAAACCUUCCUUCAAAUGCUCUACAUGCACAGAAGCUUUCAGGAGUCUGUCAGCUCUGCGAAGCCACAAGCUUUCUGCGCAUGCUAAAGAUCGUCAGCAGCAGCAACACCCGUGUCCUCAGUGUGCCAAAACAUUCUCGAGCAAGGCUCAGCUCUCAAAGCACGAGCGCACUCACUCGGCCCAGCGCCCUUUUCAGUGUCCUGACUGUCACAAGGCUUACAAGACACCCACAGAGCUACGCAACCACAGCCGCUCUCACACUGGGGAAAAACCUUUCGUAUGCACAGAGUGCGGUAAGGCCUUUAUGCAAGCUAUAUGCCUGAGGAUCCAUAUGACACAGCACAGUGGAGAGCGUCCUUAUUCUUGCCGUCAGUGCUCUAAGAGCUAUCCCACCCUAUCUAAACUGAAGGUGCAUAUGCGCUCUCACACGGGGGAGAAGCCAUACUUCUGCGCCGAGUGCGGUAAGAGUUUUGCCGACCCCUCUGUGUUCCGAAAACACAGGAGGAAUCACCAGGGCCAUCGGCCGUACGCUUGUGAUGAGUGCGGGAAAACGUAUACAGAGCUGAAAGACCUGAAAAAUCACGAGCGCUCCCACACUGGAGAAAAACCGUACUUGUGCUCAGACUGCGGCAAGGCCUUUUCCCGCUCCUCCUCCCUGGCCUGCCAUCAGCGCAUUCACUCCCAGAAUAAACCCUAUCAGUGUGAGCAGUGCGGCAAGGGCUUUACCCAACUGUCCUCCUACCAGUCUCAUCUCCGCACUCAUUCUGGUGAGAAGCCGUUCCUCUGCCCACAGUGUGGCAAGAUGUUUUCUGACCCCUCCAGUUUCCGUCGCCACCAGCGAGCCCAUUUGGGUUUCAAGCCUUACCCCUGUGAUAAAUGUUCGAAAAGGUUCCGACAACCCGCAGAUCUGGCUGUGCAUGAACGUGUUCACUCUGGAGAGCGACCUUACAAAUGCCAGAGCUGUGACAAGGCCUUCGUAGCUUCCUGGGAUCUGCGGCGCCACAUGCUUGUCCACACGGGUCUCAGGCCUUUUUCAUGCACAGAGUGCGACAAGUCAUUUGCUGAGCGCUCCAGCCUCAACAAGCACCGCCGUGUGCACUCUGGCGAGAGGCCUUUCAAAUGUGAGGAGUGUUUGAAGUCAUUUGUGGUGUCCUCGAGUCUGCGCAAACACGAGAGAACUCACCUAGCUGAGCACUCUGAGCAGCAGCAGCAGCAACAACAACAACAACAACAGGAGACAGACACUGGGUCAGCAUCCAGCUUUACUGCCCACACAACUCUACCUCAGUUCUCCUGUACUCAGUGCGAUGCUACAUUUGGAAGCUGGGAUGAAGUUCAGGCACACGAAAAUCUCCACUCCAUCGACUCCGCUCCUCCGACAGUUACCAAAAUUGUGCCACUGGGCGCACAUGUUUGUGAAACCUGCCAGGCAGAGUUUGCACAGCUGGCAGACUUGCAGGAGCAUGAGAAGCAGCAUCCCAAGCCGAGGCCUCACAUCUGUAACAGCUGCGGCAAAGGCUUCCUCAACAAAUCUGGACUACGUAAACACCAGAAGAUCCACUCCACCAGCAAACCUCACAGCUGCCCCCACUGUGGUAAAGCUUUUCUGUUUGCUGCUUACCUUCGCAAGCACUUACGGACUCAUGCAGAUGUUCCCCCAGCUGCUCCACAACUCAGUGACAUAAACAUUAUUCAUACUGACCCGCUUCCCUCUCCUCCACCCCCCAGUGAUGUUUCCCCAUCCACUGUUGAGCCCAGCAAUAUAUCCCUGACAGUUCCAGUGACUGUUCCUGUGACCGCUUUUCAGACUCUGCCAGAGUACUUAGUCAAAGAAGAGGGACAUUAAGCUUUUUUUUUUUUAUUAAAAAAAAAAAAUUAUUGCUGUGGAAUUUUAACUUCCACAAAUAUUUAGCCAGUGGCCUUAAAUCUUUUUCGAUGAUGGGUCUGAUUUUGAUAUAAGUGUUAUUUUUCAAGAAAACUUCUUUCUGAAAGUUCAAAGUAAUUUCCUUCAUGUAAACUUUUUGUGCUUUCUCAUGAUAUGUGAAAGAUGCUGCAUAUGAUGGUCAUGGUUUAAAGUAUAUACUGUACUAUAAAUAGCCUGCUAUUGAAUUGUCUGUUUUAGUCUCUUCAUGAAAAUGUGUUACAAACAUUUAUCCUGAUCACUUUAAAAACCUCACUUGAAAUGUUGUUAUUUCAGAUAAACAUGUUUUUAUAAUGUGUUUUUAAUUUCAACUUGUCUUAAAUUCUUUGCUUUUUUUUGAAUUUACAUUUUUCUGCAAGAAACAAUUUGGAACUGUUUUACUGUGCAUUGGUAUCAUCAAAUAACUAUAAAAAACGUCAGUGGCAUAUCGAGAUAUAAAAUAAGCGGAACUGAAUUUUUAUACCAAUAAAAAAAAUGUGCUUAAUGUAAAAA